UAAACAUUGUCGGAAAACGUGGGGUCUCGGUGCCAUCCAUCCCGACCUCGCCAGGCGACGUCCAGCGAGCAAUGCAGACCCAAGAAAACGCGAUGGUCUCACCAGAACACCACCACAUCCCCAAACUGUGAUCCCUCACCAUGAGGACCCUGGCUACGGGCCUAGCUGCUACUCGGCCAGGAUUCGCCAGCGAGGCCAUCCUGAGAUGUGAGACCUUGAGCGCGAUCCCUGGCCGGCAAGGUAGUCGGUCUGGACUACAACACCCUCUAUAUACCAGUUCACAGCGGCAGGAGCGGUCUAUAAUGACAAAACGCCGGCCACGAACCGCGCUCUUCUUCCCAGGCCAAGGCGUCCAAAAAGUCGGCAUGCUCAAGCCAUGGCUCGAUGCCUUCCCCCGCAGCGCCGGCCCAACCAUCGAAGAAGUCGACCACCUCCUGGGCUACAAGCUAUCCACCCUCAUUGAAGAAGGCCCCAAUAGCGCGCUCACGGCUACCAUCCACUCUCAGCCCGCUAUCAUGGCAACCUCCAUCAUGAUCCUGCGCGUUCUCGAGGCGGAGUUCGGGUUCCACCCCCCCUCGCGCUGCGAUGUCACGCUGGGACACUCCUUGGGGGAGUUCGCUGCCCUAGUUGCGGGGGGCUAUGUCACGUUUCAGGACUCGCUGUAUUUGGUUCGCCGACGCGCGGAGAUAAUGGCUGAGUGCUCCCGUAAGGCUACAGAGGAGUUCGGCGGCGAGUACGGCAUGAUCGCUCUCGUCACCGAGCCGGACCACCUCCGGCCGCUCAUAGCUGCCAUCCAAGAUUUCAUCGGCCACAAUGACGCGGGCGUUAAGACGAAUAGCGGGGAGGACGUCCCGCCGAUUCAGCAGGUGUCUAUUGCGAAUAUCAAUAGCAAGAACCAGAUCGUGUUGAGUGGGAAUAUCAAUAUGAUCCGCACUCUCCUGACGCACGUGCGGAGCUUUGGAGGUCAUGAUCCUAGAGCUGUAAGGCUGAAGAGCGAUUCCCCCUUCCACAGCCCGCUGAUGAAGCCCGCGAGUGGGAUGAUGAGGAGGCUGCUGGAUGGGAAGAGUAGGGUUGUCGGGCGCGAGGAGGAGGAUAUAGUGAUGUGGCCGGGUGUGAUGGAGAUAGUCUCCAACGUGUCUGCGAGGCCGAUAACGUCGAAGGCGGAGUUGAAGGAUAAAUGGACACGGCAGUGUGUGGAUACCGUGCGCUGGUGGGAUAGUAUUAAGUACCUCGACCAGGAGCAGAAGGUGCGUCGCUGGAUUGGGGUUGGGCCGGGGAAGGUGGGGAGGAAUCUCGUGGGGAAGGAGGUGGGGAUGAGGGGGAAGGAUACGGUGAAGGGGGGUGGGGUGUGGGGGAUUAGUGAUCCGAAGGAGAUUGAGGAGGUGAUGAGGGCGUUGGAGGAUACGGAGUCGAUGUAUUGCGAGGAUGAUUGAGCUGGGGAUGGGACGUAGUUAGAGCUCUCUCGCAAUGGGCCUUGUAAGAUGGCGGUGGGGGUGUAUAACGGACUGAGACGCGGCUAUCGAGUGACAAGACUCAGCGGAGCGAGGGGGAAGGGUGGCCGGAGGUUUGUUUUGGAGAUUUUGAGCACUAGAUACACACACGGCGCAUGGGGACCUCGAAUCGAGAUAUGGAGGAUGUAUUUGAAGUAGCUAGGGUGCUGCGGUAAUGGAAUAUAUUACUAUC